AUGUCCAGUGAUUAUACGUGCAUUGUGGCUGCUUUCGAUUUUGGAACCACUUACAGCGGAUAUGCGUUCUCCCUCAAAGAGAGUCCGACUGACGUGAAAACAAAUGAAAAAUGGUAUGCCAGCUCUGGUCUGCUUGUCUCCCUGAAAACACCAACGUGUGUACUUCUCAACGAGGCUGGCGAAUUUCUCUCGUUCGGAUUCGACGCGGAAGAAAAAUAUUAUUCUCUGACAGGCGAAGAAAAGCACCACCGAUGGAGACUGUUUUCGCGGUUUAAGAUGGCCCUGCACAAUGAAAAGGUUAUAUCCCACUCAACUACAAUUGAGGAUUUACAAGGAAAACCGCAUCCAGCAAAGCCAAUAUUUAUCAUGAGCAUCCGCUAUCUUCAACAACAUCUGUUGAAAACGUUAGAAUUAAGAUACACGGGGAUAAAGGAGUCUGAUAUCAAGUACAUCAUCACGGUUCCAGCUAUCUGGGGAAUCGCUGCAAAACAGUUCAUGAGGGAGGCCGCCAUCGAGGCAGGUAUUGACAGCAAACGAUUGAAACUUGCGCUAGAGCCGGAGGCAGCUGCCAUCUGGAGUGAGUCACUAGGCCAUACGUUGGAAGGCCAAAAGUUUCUUGUUGUGGACAUAGGAGGAGGAACUGCUGAUAUCUCUGCUCAUCAGAAAAUGUCAGAUGGCUCAUUAAAGAACAUCCACGCUCCAAGUGGAGGGCCGUGGGGAGGUAUAUAUGUAGAUGAAAACUUCUUGAAAUUUAUAAGAAGUAUAUUUGGAGAGAAUUCUCUUGAAAGUCUUAAAAGUGAUGAUAUGUACGACUUCAUUGAGAUUCUUCGCGACUUCGAAAUGAAGAAGAGGAAAUUCAAAUUUGAUUCUAAUGAUGGCAUAAUCUUUCGCAUUCCGAUUGCGCUGAAAGCCUUUGCGGAAAAGCAUUUCCAUCUGUCCUUAUUGGAUCGACUGAAAUCACUGAAUUACGGCGACGAAGUGUAUCUAAGAAGCCAAGACAAACUUGGAGUAAACUCAUCAGUCAUGCAAAGGUGGUUCGCAGAGCCAGUCUCAAAGAUGGUGGAAUAUAUUCAAAAUAUAAUUCAAGAAGAAAGAAAUGAAGACCUAAGUCUAAUUAUAUUAGUUGGAGGGUUUGCGGAGAGUCCCUACGUUCAACAAAGGAUACAAGAAGCGCUCCCAGACAAACGGCUAAUAGUGCCUGGAGAGGCGGGUUUGGCCGUGCUCAAGGGAGCCGUGAUGUUUGGACGCAAACCUGAUAUCAUAUCAUCAAGGGUUAUGGAUUGCACGUACGGGAUAAAGGUGCGUGCUUACUAUCGAGAGAAUUUAUAUCCAGUGGAGAAGAAGGAAUUCAUCGAUGGUGAAUGGAGAGUACGCAAUGUAUUCGAAAUAUUUCUAAGAAUAAAUGAAGAUGUACCUCUUGAUAGCAAGGUGACACAUACAAACUUCAGUAGAAAAAGUAAAAAAAACGCGGGCAUUCCAAUAUACAGAACAAAAGAAAAGAAUCCCGUUUACGUAACAGAUCGAGGAUGUGAACUUCUUGGGCAAUUAAAAUUGCAGUACGACAAAGACACUCCAUUAGGGACGAAAGACAUAGAAGUUACGUUUAUGUUUGGGGACACUGAGCUUCAUGUGAUGGCUAAGGACACCUCUACAGGUAAGGUAGAGAGCAUGACGCUGGACUUGAACAAGUAG